UAACUAAUUUCUUCUCCAGGUGCUCUUUGUGUUGGUGCAGUUGAAGUGUCAGUGUCAGUGAUGGAGGGAGAUUCAGUCACUCUACACAAUGAUGUUAAAAUAGACCACAACACAAAGAUUAGAUGGUUUUUUAAUGACACACGUAUCGCUCAAAUCACUGGAGAUCUCAGUUUUAUCUGUACAGAUGUUCAGUGUAAUAAUGGCACUGAAAGAUUCAGAGACAGACUGAAGCUGGAUCAUCAGAAUGGAUCUCUGACCAUCACAAACACCAGAACCACAGACUCUGGACUUUAUACACUAGAGAUCUACAGUGACAGCGACAGUGAAAAGACCUUCAAUGUUACUGUCUAUGGUGUUACUGCCUCUAAACGAGAUGAAUUGAAGAAAACGGUGGAGGAAAAAUCUGAUUCAAUGACUGAAUCUGUUUCAGAUUCAGGUCUGUCUUCAGGUGCUGUAGCAGGAAUAUGUGUUGGUGCUGUGCUGACAGUGGCUGCAGCUGUUGCUGGUGUGAUUUACUAUCGCAAGCGUCCAGCAGGACAAAAUGUUACAGGAACAGGAACCAGGACACAGCACAGUAAUCAGAUGGAUGUUACAUACUCAUCCGUUCAUAGUGCUGAGAUUGAAUUGGCACCUGCUGCUACUGAGCCGUCCAAUAAUGGAAAUGCAAAUUCCAGUGAGACAUCAGGUUAAUGACUCAAUGAAUCCUUUUUAAUUUGUGAUGAUUUUGCACUAAUAAGGGGAACACAAACUACAAAAACAUAUUUUACUACAUAAACAGUU